AUGGCUGUGCCCAUUGCUGUCCUUGACUGCGACCUCCUGCUCUACGGCCGUGGACAUCGGACGCUGGAUCGCUUCAAGCUGGACGAUGUCACAGAUGAGUAUCUAGUGUCCACGUACGGCUUUCCCCGACAGUUCAUUUACUACCUGGUGGAUCUCCUGGGAGCCAGCCUGUGUCGGCCCACGCAGCGCUCCAGGGCCAUCAGUCCGGAGACGCAGAUACUUGCUGCCUUGGGCUUCUAUACCUCGGGCUCCUUCCAGACUCGCAUGGGCGAUGCCAUUGGCAUUAGCCAAGCCUCCAUGAGCCGCUGUGUUGCCAACGUCACCGAGGCAUUGGUGGAAAGAGCCCCCCAGUUCAUUCACUUUCCCGAGGAUGAGGCUGCGGUACAGAGCCUGAAGGAUGACUUCUACGGGCUGGCAGGCAUGCCAGGAGUGCUAGGGGUGGUCGACUGCACUCACGUGGCAAUCAAAGCACCAAACGCAGAGGACCUGUCCUAUGUGAACCGGAAGGGUCUCCAUUCUCUCAACUGUCUGAUGGUGUGUGAUGCCAGAGGAGUCCUGCUGAGUGCAGAAACACACUGGCCAGGCAGCCUGCCUGACUGCACUGUGCUACAGCAGGCAGCCCUUACAAGCCAGUUUGAAAGUGAGCUACAUAAAGAUGGUUGGCUACUUGGUGACAGCUCCUUCUUCCUCCAAACCUGGUUGAUGACCCCUCUGCAUAUCCCCGAGACUCCUGCAGAGUAUCGUUACAACAUGGCUCAUUCUGCCACUCACAACGUCAUCGAGCGGACGUUCAGGACCAUUCGCUCGCGUUUCCGCUGCCUGGAUGGGUCCAAAGGCACCCUGCAAUAUUCUCCAGAGAAAUCCAGCCACAUAAUUCUGGCCUGCUGUGUGCUUCAUAACAUCUCCCUGGAGCACGGGCUGGACGUAUGGUCUUCUCCAGCCACAGGACACUUGGAGCAACCAGAAGAAGACUACGAGCAAAUGGAAUCAAUGGACUCAGAAGCCUGUCGUAUACGCCAGGAGCUUUUGCUUACUCAUUUUAGUUGAGUUUGUGACAGCUUCUAAAGGCUGAUGUGAGAAGAAUACAGGGCAGAUAUCUUCCUCCUCUGUGAGUUCAUUA